AUGAAAGCGAUGAGCUUUGUAGCUCUUUCAAGGCCAUUCAGAGCGUUCGCCGUCUGUUAUAAGCUCAGUAGAAGGUAUUUGACCACUUGCAUCACAGGAAUUGGGAAUCCUGAGCCGAAGUAUUCGAAUACCAGACAUAACGCUGGUUUGGUGCUGCUGGAUUUGCUUAAAAACCAUCUUGCAGGGAGAGAAAGGACAUAUAAACCGUGCAGUAAUGCGGCUGCAAAAUAUUUGCCCAUUAGCUCAGGUCUUAUUCUAAUAAGAGCGGACGGCAACUUUAUUAAUCUGAGUGGUAAAACUGUGCUGCCGUUAUGGAGAAAGCUGCCUCAGGACAAGACUGUUCACAUUGUUGCCCACGAUGAGUUGAGUCUCCCGCUUGGCAAGGUGCAGCUCAGGAAGCCCGGCACGAGCUUGCGAGGCCACAAUGGAUUGAAGAGUAUCUAUGAUCAGCUCGGGAAUGGUAAUUUUUACAGAUUGGCGGUAGGAAUUGGCAGGCCGACCGAAAGGGAUCCUGCGAUAGUCUCAGAAUACGUCUUGACGAAGUUUACUCCAGCAGAAUUGGAUGUUCUAGCGUCGGAGAGUCUCAAUAAGGCUCUCGAACGACUGAAAGGGUACAUAUGA